CAUGGCUCGUCGGUGUGCUGGACCACUUUCUAGCAAUUGGCGGCGUGUUUUCCAACCUAAUGUUAUCAAUGUAAGGUAUUUACUCCCUGCAGAAGUCACUAAAUAUGAACACUUCAAAACACAAAAGUACAGAACAGAAGAAAAACUAUUUGGAGAAAUAGAUACUUUUCACAAAGCAAUGGACAAAAAAGUGAAGAGAGACGACGUGAUAUUUACUGAUGAGUUGAAAGUUAUGCUUCAUACGUGUAAUAGUGCAGAAGAUGCGGAAUUAGCAAUUCAAAUAAUGAAGAUGUAUCACAGCAAAAUCCGUAAUGCUCCUUUUCAGCAGUUUCGCUUUGGUUCAAUUGUUAUGAGAAUGUUUCAUAAUUUGCAACUAUGUGAUAAAAUGUUAGAUCUUCUAAAAGAUAAGGAACUCCAAGGAUUUUUCAGUGAUUCCACAUCUUUCAUUCUAGCCAUGGAUGCUUAUUUUGAAUCAGAACAAUACAACAAGGUUUUAGAAGUUUAUAAAGAAAUGGAAUUACAAAAUAUAAUGAAACUGAAAGAUGCUUACACAUUGACGCUUGCUGCUUGUUAUCGAUUGAAUACAACAGAGUCAUAUGACUUGUCACAAACAAUACUGGAAGAAUGCCAGAUAAGAGACAAAGGUAUGACCAGAUUGGGAUACAACUUUGCCGCAGCACUAGCCAUCAAUCAAAAUAAUGCCGAAAGAGCACUGACAAUACUGUCUUUUGUACGGAAUGCUGACCAUGAAAUCUGUCGAAGUUUACAGGUGAUUGGAUUAACAAUGUUAGAAAGAUACACUGAAGCCUUCCAGUCAUUGCAGAGUAUAUACAACAGAGAUGUUCCUGUUUUUGUGCAGAAAUGGAAAAUUUGUCAGGAGGCUCUUGAUGCAUUGCGAUCAAAAGUACAGGAAAAUGACGAAAUAUCAUCAGAGUUUGAGGAAAUAUACAGAUGUCUUGAAACAGGGGAGCAUAUAUGCACAGAGACAAUAGAGAAUUUAUUGUGUGCAAUACCCGUAGUGAAAAUGAAGAAAUUUAAUUUCGACAAUCGCUCAAAUAGAAGGAAGUCAUUUAAACGUGUCAGCCCUUCACUAAUGGAAGAAUAAAAUACUUUAUUAGACUUGAAUUCUAUUAGCUCUAUACUGGUGGAAGAACAGACCACUUCAUUCAACAAGAAUUCCUAUUAGCCCUAUGGAUUCUUCACACACUAUUAUUGUCAUUCAUCGAGACAAUGAUCAACGAGGACCUGUCCUUGUUCAUAUGAAAAAUAGAACACUACUUGCAAAACUGGACUGUAAUCUUAUCUGCCAUUCACUGUGUGCACAGAUGACUGGGUACACCUAUUAAUAUAUUGUGCAUAUAUUAAAUGAAAAAGUUUAGUCUCUGUUU